CCACUCCAGUCAGUCGCCCGUCAAACGUCGAGCGUAACGGACGUCUGUCGCGACUCUCCAUGAAACUUAUCAGCCAUGCGGUGAAGUGAAACUGUCAAACGUGAUACACUUUCCCAAACCGGUGUUGUUUAGUGGACAUUAUAACUUUAUAAUUCGAUUUUUUUGUGACUUGUGUGUUCCUAGUGCAACUGUUUUGGAAAAUUGGAUUAUACGAACGAAUAAUGGCCUUAGCCAGGUAUAAUCAGCAAACCACGCGGGCUUCUUGGUUAAAGCUCGGGUCGGGCAGCGAGUGCGGCAGUGGGGGGUCGGGCGGCGGCGCGCCCGCUCCUCAGUCGGCGCGCGUGUCCUCCAACGGCGCCGGCGGGAUGGCGGUGAGCCGCGUGCCCAGCCCGCUGCACGACGGGAACACGCCCGUCGCCGAGAACUGGUGCUUUACACAGGUCAAGGUGGUGAAAUUCAGUUACAUGUGGACAAUAAACAAUUUUAGUUUUUGUAGAGAAGAGAUGGGUGAAGUGUUAAAAUCAUCGACUUUCUCAGCCGGUGCUAGUGAUAAGUUAAAAUGGUGUCUUCGUGUUAAUCCUAAAGGACUCGAUGAAGAGAGCAAAGACUAUUUAUCAUUAUAUCUAUUAUUAGUGUCGUGUAAUAAAUCAGAAGUCAGAGCGAAGUUCAAAUUUUCAAUAUUGAACGCGAAAAGAGAAGAAACGAAGGCGAUGGAGUCACAGCGGGCGUACAGAUUCGUACAAGGAAAGGAUUGGGGUUUCAAAAAGUUCAUUAGAAGAGAUUUCCUAUUAGACGAAGCGAACGGCCUCCUGCCUGAAGACAAAUUAACGAUAUUCUGCGAAGUGUCGGUGGUUGCGGAUAGCAUCAAUAUUAGUGGGCAGAGUAAUGUAAUGCAGUUCAAAGUACCAGAGUGCCGGCUCUCCGACGACUUAGGAGCCCUAUUCGACAACGAAAGGUUUUCGGACGUAACGUUAGCAGUCGGAGGCAGGGAAUUCCAGGCGCAUAAAGCUAUAUUAGCAGCGCGGAGUCCUGUAUUUGCGGCCAUGUUUGAACACGAGAUGGAAGAGAGGAAAAGAAAUAGAGUAGACAUCACAGAUGUGGACCACGAAGUGUUAAGAGAAAUGCUGCGGUUCAUAUACACGGGGCGGGCGCCAAACCUCGAUAAAAUGGCGGACGACUUAUUAGCAGCCGCUGAUAAGUACGCGCUGGACAGAUUAAAAGUGAUGUGCGAGGAGGCGCUCUGCCUCAGCCUCUCGGUGGAGACGGCGGCCGACACGCUGAUACUGGCCGACCUACACAGCGCCGACCAGCUCAAGGCGCAGACCAUCGAUUUUAUUAACACGAGUCACGCGACCGACGUGAUGGACACGGCGGGCUGGAAGAACAUGAUCCAGUCGCACCCCCACCUCAUAGCCGAAGCUUUCCGCGCACUCGCCACGCAGCAGCAGCAGAUCCCGCCCAUCGGGCCGCCGCGCAAGCGCGCCAAGCAGGCCUAGGCGGCCGGGGCUACCCCACGAGAGACAUACAACAUGUUCGCUUUGAAACGUAAGUUGCAUAUAAGUUUGGGGACAAAAUCAUCCAGCCGCAUAAUGGUUUUUGGCAUAAUUGUCGUUUGAAACUAUGAUUUUGCAAUAAUCAUUGGCAAGCAUAACAUUACUUUUUGUAUAAUCAGUGUUUUACAUUUGUUAUAAUUUUUUUUUUAUGCCAAAAAAGUUAUGCCAGACUGUGAUUAUGCCAGAAUGAUGUAUGGCACCCAAUAUGGAUACAAGUGAUUUGUCAGUAACAACCUUCGCCAACUGUGAAAUAUUUUUUGUUAUCACCAGUUUCUUUUGUGUAUCAGAGCUGAUUGUUAUCCCGAACAGCUGUAACUUAUUUGAAAGUUUUACCACUAGUUUCUUUUGUCAAUUCAAGAUAAGCCUGACAAUGAUUAUUCGCGUUUUGGAGUUUCUGAAGUAACAAAAUGUGAACAAUCAUCCCGAAAAUUUUCAACGUGCACGUUUUGUAUCGAACCGCCGUACAUGUGAACUUCCACUGUACGGCGCUCGGUUCGUGUAGGCCCAAAUAACGAAUCGGACAAAAUAUUUUGACCACCGUAACUUGAAUACUUGACAUUUUUUUGACAUAUCAGACGGCCUAUCUUAUAUGAGAUUGGUAGGCUUGGAUGCGUUUAAACAGUUACAAGUGACUUGUUACGGUGCUAUGUUAUAACGCGAACUCGUGUAUAGAGUACCUAACAAAUAUUUUUGUCCGAUGAAUCCGAUCCGGUUGAAGGGAUAAGGAAUGAAUUGUACAAACUUAGAAGGCUAAUCUUACAGUUGUAUUAAAACCUCGGGUUGUCUUUUGUUGCAAAAGUUUAAUUGAUUUUUUUUCUAGAUGAUUUUGUACAGAUAUGACUGUAAACAUGCCUAGUCAAUACCUAAUGAAACCGCUCAAUGACAAAAACACAUUUGUAGAAAUCCACCGGUUUGUAAAUAAAGCGCGGAUAAUCUGUAUCUAUGGAUACGGUAGUUUGACCAAAUCCCCCCGGAUCGUCAUUUGUAUCACCCGUUAUUUUUAUUGUACGACAAGGCUGCAAACUGUAAUAUUAUUGUUAGAAUUUACACAGUGUACCAUAUACAGUGAGAUUCGGAGUGAGAGUGGCCGGUGGAUGGCUUAUUUUAUUUGUGGGUCGCGAAGAUCCACCCUUUCGUUUACUAUGAUUGAUCUCAACACGAUAUUCGAUCCUAAUGUUUUUUUAAUUUCUCUUGCGGUUUAGUGUGCCGCUUUUAAAUAGUGUUAUUGAAGAGUUAUGGACGCUUUUUGCGCGUUGAUGUAGUUCGAAUGUAGGCUUUGAAUAAUUUUAUGUAUGUCGUUUCUGUAAACAUCUCUUGCAAGUUAUGUUAUUGUAAAUUAUUACUAUGUAUUAAAAAGCUCAUGUGCGACAUGAUAACCGUGUCAUUAAAUUGUAUGAUUGUCACUUAUUGGCUAAAGUAAUGGCGUAACUCGUAAAUUAUAAUGCCAUACAAUGUAAUGUAUAAAGAAAUUGUAAUUAUUUGAAGUCUAUGUAUGCCUCGUGCAAAAUUUUCAUUGAAAUAAUCUUGGUGUUUCACGUUCCAUAGAAAUUGAUCGGUUACUUAUUAGAAGUUUAUAAAGGUAGCACUUUUGAACAUUUCGAAGUAGUUACGGUAAGCGAAUGCAAUAAAUCUGUGUAAAGUAUUGUGGCACGGUUUCGGAAACACUGUUGACAAUAAUUAUUUUAUCCAAAUUAAUAACAGAAUCGCAGAAUGUAUGCUUCACAAAAUGAAAACGGAAAAAAGUUAAACCGCGAUGCCGAUUUUUCAAAAUGUUAACAGUGUGUCCAAAGCAUGUCAUAUUUAGAAGUUGUAGGUGACUCGAGUGAUUGUAAUAAGUAAAAUGAAAUUGUUGGUAUUGUAUAUAGAUGAGCUACGAUCCCACCAUUAAAAUAUUUCUAAGUAAGUAAUAAUUCAUAAGUGGUAUCACAUAUGACGCCAUUCAACUUUGUAUGGUAUCCGAGCAUAUAGACUUUGUAAUGUUUGGGGUCUGAAUACCAACAAAUUUUUGUAUGACUGCAAACUUUAUGUUACGACCUCAAACAUUAUAAGACUAAGAGCCCUGUAGGAUGUUAUUCCAAUGGCAUAUUGUGAUUUUUUCCUUCAAAUUUCCAUAGGUUUAAAAACACACGUGCUUUUGUUUUGUUUUCAUAUGUAGAUAACCUGAAUAAUUUGAAAUUUAAAUAUAUUGUUGUCGUUAGUUUGCUUCAUCGAUUGUAUAUUAUUGCGUGUGACGUCACAAAGACGUAUAAGUCGCUCUUCAUUAUUGCUCACUUGGAAAUCAUAUUUAAUUCUAAAUUUAACCACUUCACCAUCUUAAUUAGACUGAUGACAUUCAUCUUUAUAGUUUAGACAAAGCAUUCGAUGUUUGUCAAUUUAUGUUGCUUCCACCUAAACUGAAUAGAUUAAAGUCAUGAGUAAAAUUGUUUUGGUGAAGUACAUCUAUCAUUUAAUUUUAUUUCAUUAGAUUUAUUAUUUUUCACUUCUUUAUUUUAUGUUUUUACUUAUUGAUUUCUAUUGAUCUAUUUGAUUUUUCUUCAAUUGAUGCGAAUGAUGAAGUACUGUUCUUAUAAAGGGUUUGUAAAAAUACCCACUAUAUUGAAUAAAUGUACUGUGGCCAAUAAUAAUAAUAUAAUAUUUAAUACCAUUUUAUACCCACUUCCCAUUUACAUAGCAGACAACUGUUUUGUGUAAUAUAGUUACAAAACAAUUGUCAAAAUAACUGUGAUUUUCAAAAUUGUCAGUAAGUUGAGCAAAUAAAUGAAA